CUAGCUAAGAUAGUUCAGGCUAACGUUGGUUUGUUAUGCUAGCGUUAAACAAGACGUCGUAGAGACUUGAAUGUACAAGUUAGCGUUAGUCAGCCAAGUAAUGUCACAAGUCAGCGUUAUCUACCUUGCGUCAUCGCCUAUAUUAAUUAGCUGUAACUUUGAUCCAUGCUUUUUAGUAAGCUGUCGAGGAUGGCAAAUUGUUGUAACGUUGAGUUUAGCUAACUUGGCUAACGGUAAUUUCCAUCACAUGCAGUAAGCUAGCUAAUGUUAGCCACCAAGGCCGACCCGUAAACUUAGGUUACCUCAACGCCACCGUUAUGUAAACGUCAAAUAUUCAGCUUGAACUAGUAUGGAUGUUGAUGACUGCAAUGGCCGGUCUUACAUAUCAGCUAGUGGAGACUCUUCAAUGGAAAGAGAGUUUUCUGGGGCCCUUGGAGGUCCAACAGUGAGCACCCCAAACAGCAAGGAGACCUCUCCUAGUCGCUCCCUCAGUGCCAACUCCAUUAAAGUGGAGCUGUACAGUGAUGAAGACCCAGGUCGCAGUACUGAAGAUGAAAGAGGGGAGCGGGUAGAGGAAGGAGGUCCAGAGCAGGGAUCUGAGACUUUCGGAGACUACAGGGAGCCCAACAAUCCUGAAACCAUGCCAACUGGAGCCACCAGAAUGCCAAAUGGAAAGCUCAAGUGUGACAUCUGUGGAAUGAUCUGCAUUGGGCCUAAUGUUCUCAUGGUGCACAAACGCAGUCAUACAGGUGAGCGACCAUUUCAGUGUAAUCAGUGUGGCGCCUCCUUCACUCAAAAGGGUAACCUGCUCCGCCACAUCAAGCUACACUCAGGGGAGAAGCCCUUUAAAUGUCCCUUCUGCAGCUAUGCCUGUCGAAGACGAGAUGCGCUUACUGGCCACCUUCGCACUCAUGCUGUCACCUCUCCAACUGUAGGGAAGCCGUAUAAGUGCAGUUAUUGUGGCCGGAGUUACAAGCAGCAGAGCACCUUGGAGGAGCACCGUGAGCGCUGCCACAGCUACUUACAGAGUCUGGAGUCACAGCAGCCAUCCAGUGCACAGAAUCAAGGAGAGGAGAUGAGAGAGCUAGAGUUUAUACCUGACUCUCUACUGCAACCCUCCUCAGACAAGAUGGCAUUUAUCGAUCGGCUCGCCAACAGCAUCACCAAACGCAAGAGAUCCACACCACAAAAAUUUGUAGGACAGAAGCACAUACGCCUCAAUUUCGCAGAUGCAUCUUAUGAGCUCAGCGCUGGUUUGGAUAAAGAGAGGGAGAUGCAUGCAGGGGACCUUGAAACCCUGCACUUUACUGGUCUGGGAGGAGAAUAUGCCGGUGUAGCAGGUAAUGGAGGAGGACGGGUAUCAGACACACUGAGGCCUCUACACCUUCCCACCACUCACCCUUCAUGUUUGUCAGAACUCAGACCGAUCCACAGCUCCAUUCACACCUCUGGCGCUCUAGGCCCGAGGCUGGAUUGUACAGGGACUGGCUCUGGGCUGGGAGCUGCGGGUGUAGGGGGGAGGGAGGCAGCAGAGGGUCAUGAAGACCUGCCUGCGGGUCGAAGUCACGCACCCUCACCUAGCAAUGGUUGCCAGGACUCAACGGACACAGAGAGCAUGCCAGAUGAGCCAUGCAACAGUACUGCUCCAACUCCGACCCUGCACAGUAACAAUGGCCAUCAUCUUCUCCACUCCAACAACCAUCACCCAGCACCUCCUUCCAUUGCACACCACAGGAGUCGGGACCGACACAGUCCCAGUGACGCCAAAGACAGGGAGGUGGAAAGAGAGGAUGGAGGCCACACAGCGCCCUCAUCCACCUCUAGGGAGGCUUUUCGCGUUGUAGACGGGGAGGGGCGAGCUGUGCGCUCUUUCCGUUGCGAGCACUGCCGUGUGCUUUUCCUGGACCAUGUCAUGUUUACCAUUCACAUGGGCUGCCACGGUUUUCGCCAGCCUUUUGAGUGUAACAUCUGUGGCCACCGCAGCCAGGACCGCUAUGAAUUUUCUUCACACAUCGUCCGUGGGGAGCACAUCCUUGACUGAGGAUAAAGUGUGGACAACCUGCUUCACCUAGAGCUAUUUUUACACUGAGACAGGGACCUGGCUGGGUUUGGUCUGCACACGAGCUAUAGGAGACAUGGAUAACAUGAAACUGAUCAAAACAGGCACUGGUACAGUUAACAUGUACCAGCAUGAAUGGCAAGCUCAUAUGUGUGUUUCUAAAAUUAGUAGUGGUCCUUAUUAUUUUCAUUGCACUUUGAACAAUGAAUCCAUUUAAAAUGCACUUUUAAAUGGAUUCUAAAAUUGAUGAAGAGCUGACGCACAAGUGCCUUGCUCGAAAAUUCAGGAUUCAAACCCGAUGCACAAAUUAUAGUAGACAAAUCUGACUUUUUUCCAUAACCUGAAAACUUUCCCUUCUUGUGCACUUUAACAUAGAGAACCUAAAACAAGCUUAAUGUGACGUUUAUGGGCUCACCUACAAUGGAAUCUGUAGAGGUUUUAAUGCCUUGUUUUAAAAGCAUUUAUUCAGUGAAAUCAUUCCCUAACAAACGUUAACGUUCCGUAAAGUUUUUUCCAACUCGGCGUUGAUUCUGUACAGUAGAUCACUUUUCAUAAUGAGAAGGGAAGUGCAGACCAAACUCAAAAACCAGGCCCAAGUCCUAGGUGUGUCUGAGAGGUUGUCCGUGAAUUAGAAAUGCACUUUUGUUUUUAACGAGGGUGGGGUGGACAGAGGUGUGUGUCUGUGUGUGUGUGAGUGUGAGAAAGAGUGACCCUGUGUUUAUUGGAAGUAAAUUGAAUACGUGGAAAAUUAAGGCCUUUGUUUGAAUGCUGUGUGGGUGGGAUAGCGUAUGAAAUGUUUGUUUUUCCUUUCUAUGACUGCUUUUGUUGCACUGAUACCUGCCAGAAUACUAUGAUUAUAUUAAACUAUUUUAUGGAAUACAUUAAUGACCUGCACAUUUCUCUCAAUGUGAGAAAAACUGAUGGAAUGUUUUUCUUGCUAGGAAAGGAGUACGAGUAUCACUGCCACAAUCUUAGAGAUUUAUUGAAGAGGUUAGGGUCUUUACAAGUCUUUAACAUUUUCCCUUUCAUAACUACAUCAAACUGCAAACCAACCAACACUAAUCUAAUUAUGCUAUAUUUAAAAUGUUAAAUGUGUUAUAUCACAUUGUAUUGUGCCUUUCUUCACCCUGAUCACACCUUGUUGACCAGAUUGAAGGACAUGAACUACCAACUGUCUUGAAACAGAUCAUUGUGGGUGAUUUUAGAGAUCAUGAGUUACAAAAUAACUGACUUACUUUAGUUGUUUUCCACCCAUUUUAAAGUUUCUGUCUUAUAGCUUUGCACAGUCUUUAUUUUCUCCUAUUCACAAAAGUAGGGUUGAUUUUCAUUAAUGUAUUGGCAAAGAACCAAUUCUGCUAAUUUAUCAAAGACUAAAUGUGCAUUUGGCACAUGCUGCUCUGACAUGAAUGAGUGCAGUGUGGAGUGGCAGUUUACUAUCAUCCUCACAGGUCAAAUCCAAAACAUUUGUUUUAAUUUUCUUUGAACACAUUUCAGUCCACAGAGUCACCAGUCACUGGUGUGACAGUACAGUGAGACAGGUGUUUAUUUCAAAAGUGGUUUUGUCAGUUUUGAUCUGUAAUAAACUAUCCUGUCUUGGUAAUAUGGUGAAGAAAUGAAAUGUAUGUUAAGAGAAAUGUGUCAGUUGAAAGAACACUGUCAGCUCUUGAUUCUGUCUGUUUACAGUGAUAGCGAUACUUGUCGUAGUCACUCCUCAUUAUGACUUUACACACUUUAAGCACAAUAAGUUGUACUGUCCUGCCGGCUACAUGUAAGUUAUGUCUACAUAAUUGGGCACAAAAAUCAAUACCUAAUCUGUGUCGAUAAACUGACAUUUGUAGAUGAGAUUUGUCUUCAUGUACUCUAUUAUAAAUAGCCAUAAAAGUAAGUUUGGAACAAACGGGCUACUGAAUUUUCACAGAUCCACUGAUAUCCAAAAAGGCUGGAAAAAUGUUGAAAAUAGUCAAAAUCAUCAGCUGACUUGAGCCUGUUAACUUUUGUGUAGUUCAGAAAAAUGGCUUAUUGAACAAGAAUGAUCAAAACUGGUAUUUUGACAUUAUUUCAUAAAUGUUUUUUUUUUCAGCAUCAAGAAAUGUUGCUUUUCAGAAGUCUUUUGCAGGCUAAACAGAAACCACAGAACCAGUGACAGCUUUAAAUGGAUAUUUAAGGUCAUUUUAGUGUUGUGAAUGGUUCCCUGGUUCUGUCAUAUACUGAACUCAGUCCUGUAUGGAAUCUCAUAUUUCUAAGUAGUGAUUUAGAUGUGCAGAAGCUCUGAAACAUUGUUUUUAUGAAGAGGAAUAAAAAAAAAAAAGACAUUAUUUUUAGAUCACCAUGAGUGUGGUUUCUGUAUAGCACCGAACAAAGGUUCCCCCAUGGCUGAGCCAAAGAACCACUACUUCCUACUGUUAAGCACUUUUCCCUAUUUACAGUGGCAAAAUGAAAAAUUAGUUAAAGUAAAUGAAUAUAUUUGUACAUACAGUAUGAAUUAAGAAGAAGCUGCAAGGUAACAUUUCUCUCUUUCAUUGCUCUGUCAUGGUCUUUUUUCCCCCAGGAGUUAUCUCCACUUAAUUUUGCAGAAGACAUUUAGAAAAGAUCUUUUGGGGUUUCCCUUAAAUAUUGUAAAUGUUUACCUCAAUUUACUUUUGUUUUAAGAAUUGUUACAAGUUCUUAGGUGGAACUAGAUUUGUUUUGACAGAUGGUGAGAAAGCUGGCUUUGGUGCACAUGGCUGUAUGAGAUUUAAAAGAAAGAAAAUCACUUGUUAAGGUAAUGCACUGUGGUGAUCUUCUCACCAGUACAGAAACACACAAACUUAAAUAGAUGGUUAAAAUGUUCUCUUCAAAAAAGUUGUAGUUCCAUUUAAUUAUCAAAUUCCCUCGCCUUAAUAGGAUAGCCUGUUGGGUCAUGUUGGGAUAUAAGUUUGUUGUAAAUCGAACGUUUUGAAAUGUAGUUUCCUGCAACUUAAUCUAGAAAAUGGAGUGUGACUUUAAAUGAUUCGACACCAAAGUUGACAUUGCAAAUCACUGAAUCUGUUUGCAUGGGAACCAACUGAUUACAUCUUACAUGCUGCUUCACUGUGUAUAUUCUGAUUUAGGCACCAACUUGUCUACACAAAAGGCCCAGGUGUGAUUAUUCUCUCAUUGGUGUGAUUUUUGUGUAGUAGACUUUACUAUUGUGCCUUUGGCUUGAGGUCUUUUUCUGCAUCCCCCCCAACAGUUAAAUUUGUCCCAUUUUAAUUGUAAAAGUUAAUUUUGUUAAUCUUCUGGUGCACAUUACAAGAAGGCUCCACAUUUUGGACAUCCUUCAAAUUAUUAUUCACCAACAACUGUAGAGAAUACAUGAAACCACCAGUAGUCAGUGACCUUGGCCAGACUGCUAAGAGCCAAAGAACUAAGUAGAGAUAAUACCAGACAAUGUGUAAAACUUCCUGUAGACCUGAACACUCAGCCAUUUUGUUGACCUUGAGUGUGACAAAUAUUGUAUAACAAUAUUAAGAAAACCCCCAGUCCAUUACUUAUCUAAUCUUCUGUAGAAUUUGAAUUUUUUUUUUUUUUUUUUUAAGUUUAAAGUUCUGCAUCGAAGAAAAAGCAAAUUCACCAACUGGGGGGGAGGAAUCAGCCUUCCUGUUCACAAGUUUAGUUUUGGUGUGGAUUUUCUAUUCAUAUGUGCAAGACUUGAUAGUUAAUGUGCUUCUAAAUCUGAUGCAUGUGGUACUGAUGCUGUUUGCUCCUCAACCUACACCCCAGCCACAUUUCCGUUUUAGUCGAAAGGACAACCAAAUAAACUGUCUAUUCCAAGACUAUACUUAAGAAAAGAUUAACUCUAGUUUGUGGUACUUUGUGUUCAAAUGUUUUCCUUGUUGCAGUUUUACUAUCUUUGUUAUCCUUCCCGCUCCUGUAAAUGGUCUGAUAUUGCUUUAAAUAACUGCAGAGCCUUUUUAAAUGUAUCAUAUGUAAUUAUGCAUUUGCGUAAUUCGAUCUUAAACUACUGUAAGUUUUGUACUGUAAGAAAGUCUAUUCCAAAUAAAAUACUUGACAGGC